GGUAACUUGGUUCUUGGUUACUCUUUGUGUGGUUCUAUUGAACGGAGUGGACCUAGAUGGAGGUGAUCCUCCAUCUUCACGUGGAACCCCCGUAGACGCAGUUGAUCAAGCUCGCUCGCUUCUCACCGAUUUUUUCGACAACAUUUUUGGUUCCGUAGAAAAAAGUUUACUUAUCACUGUGCUG